CAGAUAACGCGCUCCUCCUCUCCACGUUUCAGACCUGCAGCCACAUCAGCGGGACACUUUCCCAACAAACGACCUCUCCGGUAAACCCCCUUCUCUUCGUUACCCGGGAGGGUUUUUUUUUCUCUGUUUCCGUUAAACCGUUGAUUUGUCCGUGACCCGCUCGGGGGGGAUUAACCGGGAGCACGCGCAGGGAUGGAGCGUUGCCGUUAAAGUUGUGAGGCUCGAGAGAAGCUGAAUCAAAGCGGCAUCCUCCGGGGCUCUCACACCGCCACCCCCCCUCGCUGACGCCAUGGGCUGCGGGUUGAGGAAACUGGAGGACCCGGAGGACAGCAGCCCCGGGAAGAUCUACUCCACCUUAAAGAGACCCCAGGUGGAGACCAAAACCGAGACCGUGUACGAGUACGUGCUGCUGGACUUCAGCCUGGAAGGAAGCCGUCCCACCGUGCAGUAUGUGUCCUCGCUCUCCGAGCUGCCUCAGGCCCUGCAGCCGUACUACACUCAGGGCUACGUGCUGACCGCGCUGCACCCCAUCAUCCUGUCUGUGGGCCGGACUCGCUCACUGCCCUUCAGCCUGCUCUACAGAGCCAUCCUGGCCCGUCCCAGACCCAGUAAGCAGAUGGCGUCCAUGUGUCACAGCGUGCCGAUGUUAAAGGUGGAGGAGUGGCCGUUACCUGGAGAUUCACUGACGGGGGAUACGGUCAGAGCACUCAUCGACAGGGUGAACAGCAGCGCUCGGGGAGGCGUCCGGUUCGUCGGCUCUGUCCUCCAGCAGGUGAGCGGGGUCACAAACGGCAGAGUUCACAGUCCGAAGAGGAGCUGCCGAUCUCCUCCUCGCACUCCUCCUCGCACUCCGCCUGGAGACAGAGAGCUGGAGGAGAACACCUACAGUCCAGAUUUGCGCUUGCUGGUCUUCUUCCACGCCUGGGCUCCCGGGUGUGCUCCUCUAGACUCUCUGGCCUGUCAGUACCACCAGGGGGCGCUCUCCAUGCGCGUUUCCAGGAAGGGCCAGGUAGUCAGCGCUCUGGAAGCUGAUUGGCUGGAGCUGACUGCUGCAUACUACCGUAAAGGCUGGUCGUUGGUGGACUCGUUCGUGUACUGGGACACACCCAGAGGUGAGCCGGUGCCGAGAUCUCUGGAGGGAUUGUUCGUGUACGAGGAGAGAAGCACGUCUCCUCCCGCCAACGACACCAUCGUGGUAGAGCAGUGGACCGUCAUCGAGGGCUCGAAUGUAAAAACCGACUACGGGCCGCUCCUUCACACUCUGGCUGAGUUUGGUUGGCUGCUCACCUGUGUGCUGCCCACGCCGAUCAUCAGACACGACAGUGAUGGAAACUUGGCCACGAAGCAGGUUGUGUUCCUGCAGAGACCGGUCAGAGGUCAGACCGCCGGACACUCGAGGAACCAGGCUCUGUCCAUGCACAGCGACGUCUCCAGUCGCUCUGUGAGCCGAUCCAUCAGCAGCCCCAUCCCCGCAGAGGAGCUGUCUCCCACCGCGGGGGGCAUCGGGGGCUUCCCGGUGUUUGGAGGGGGGUAUCCCAGCGCCCUGUCCCACCUGGAGGAGGGGGGCUUUGAGCAGGAGGAGGGGAAAGCUGAGGUCACCUGCAUGUGAGGAGCGACAACAGGCGGACGCGGCUUCAUUCUGAGACUGAAGCUGAGGAUUUAAAACGUUGAUCCAGACUGAAAAGAGUUUAUUCAUCCUGACAUCGUGUCCCUCAUCAUUGAUUUUACAGACUUUAACGUAGAAGAACUCAGCACUUUUUAAAAAACGUUUUUUUAAUGAAGCCAUAAAGAGAAAAAAGGUUUAAUUCACUAGGGUCCAAACUUUGAUACACAUUUGUUUGGUGGAGAAUCUUUCAUAUUUAAAUGCAUUUAAAGGGGAUCAGUUCACCAAACUAUAAAGCACAAAGAGGGACAGCACAGUUUUCUGCACGCUAGUGGAACGACACAGGCGGUGCAAAGAGGGGAAGGGGCUCUACAGCAGUUUGAUGUUCCUUCACAGCUUCACUAAAUGUUUGCUUCCAUCAACUCGGGACGCACCGUUGUGCACUGAUGAGUCCUCUCCUCACAACGAAGCGGACGUUAAAUUUAGGGUGAUAGAAAGUUCUGCUCAGUGAGCUGAUGAGAUGAUGGAGCCUGUGUUUGAAAAAGCUGCGUCACCAGCGUAGGUAGGUAGUAACCAAGCAGCAGCCUCCGGUGUUAAAAAAUGAUGCAGAUGCAGAAGUGUUAAAUCCUGCAGUUCCUCGAGUGUCCACUAGAGGCUGGCUGCAGAAACACAGGAAGUCACAUACACACCCAUUCUAAAAAGCCUGUUAUUACAGCAGAGAUUAACAUGUUUACAGCCUGGUUAAAAAAACCAGCUCGUCUCGAGCGGCACACACUGUUCGGGGGGUGAAUGUUUUGAUGACUCAUCCGUUUUGAUUUGAUGAAGGAUAAGAGUUAUUCACAAUAAGGCGUGUAGCUGACCUGAUUGACAGGUGAGCGCGGUGUAACGGUUUGUCAGGAGGUCUAAAACCCGCCUCAGCUCCAGCUCUCAGCCUGUCGUUAUGUUGACUGAAAGUUAGACUGAGACAGCAUUUCCAGCAUGGAGACCGCCAUCGAGGGGACUCCAGCGCCCCCCUGCAGGAACAGAUGGGUGACGACACUCAGGCUGCGUCUGUUCAUAUUUAAAGUCUGAAACAUCUUAACCACACUAACUCGUGUUGAUGUGCGUGACGUCUGAUUUGUUUUUGGGUUUUUUCCUUUAUUUUGAAAGGACAGCGGAUAGAGUAGGAAAUGCAGGUGACAUGGAAAGAAGGCGUGGGUCGGACUUGAACUCGUGCUACCCGCCUUGAGGACUACAGCCUCUGUAUAUGGGACGUGACCUCACCGCUAGGCUGACUGUCAUAUCUGAAAGAAGAAUCCUACAGUAAGUUAGGAUGUGAAUGUUUGUGAGGCUGCCUGAGACAUUUUGUAUUCUUACGAUAUCAGUAUUAUUUCUGACGAGUCGAGACAGGAGACUUCCUUGUUUCAUGUGGAAACAAACACACCUUAUACCUGCUGUCGUUUCAUAAUCCUUUCUUGAGAUAGUUCUAUUUAAUCAUGCAAAACCUUUGAAAGUAUUAUUUAAUAAUCGAUCAGCCGUUGUGUUGUACAUUUAUUUUAUUUACUGCAAACUGCUGCUUCACGACCUUUGUGGUACUUUCUCUUUGUGGUCAUGGAUGAAGUUCUUCAGAGAGGAUCAGGACUGUUGUUGUUUUUGUUUUUACAGGGGAAGUUGACACAUCCAGGUGUGUUUUCAGGUAUUUGAAAGUAAAGCCGAGCAUGAAGGGAAAAAGGUCGUUUAAAGUAUUCUAAAGGCUCCAGAAGAAAGUCAGAGAGUCGGUUUGGUCUGAAGAUAUGGCGUUUGAAAACUGGAAGAAUAAACGUCCAAAUCUGUGACCAAACUGUCUGUGGUUGAGUUGCAUUGUGGGUAAUGUAGGCGCCAUGUUUUGAGAAGGAAACAGAAAGUGUGAUUUAAAGGAGACGCUCAGUCGUUGGGGGUCCUGUGUUGAAGCUGUCAAAGGGAAACAAGAUGUUGUAAAUAUUUGAGAUGUCACGUUAGCUUUUGUAUUUGAACAUUUCUUCUUCUGUGGUGCACGUUUGUAUUUUUAUUUUGGGAGGAAAGGGAUCGAAUGCACCUGAAGUAUCUCUGAGACAUUUCAGUGUUGUAAACGGAGCUUUGAUUCAUACGCUGUUGAUGAAAUCCCUGUCAGGGUUUACUAAAUGUCAGUAUUAAUUCCUCUCUGGAGUGUUGUUCAUUCUGAAUCCUUUUAUUAUCAUGGUUGUUGUUUUUUAUUGUAUUAAACACUCAUCCCCCCCCAUCGUUUAAGACUCCUGUGUGAUUUAACGCUUCUAUUACAGCCUUCAUGAUUCACUAUAGUCCAGAGUCAUCACAACAUGCUCACAGAUUUCAAAUCUAAGUUUGCAGAAACACAGGGGCGUGUGCAGAGGGGUGGCAUCUGCCCCCCUCGAAAUCUGAUUGGCCACCCCAAAAGCCAAAUCUAUGAUUGGCUAUUCGCCUUAUCAGAGGGGGGACUUAAAUAUGAAUAAACUAUUCUGGCUGAUUUCCGCAGGUUAAUGGACGUACUGUCAGUUGUAAAUAAACAUUUGCUCUUUCCAUAACUAUUGCCAAGGAAGAAACUUGUGCACACGGUCUAACUUGGACAACUGACAAUAAAUGUUUUUUUUUGCAAGUUAGACAGCGUGUAAGAGUUUGCAAAAUUACUUUGCAAUUUUCAAAGUAUUUAAAAUCAUGACUUUCAACAUGCAUCUGUUUUUGAGUCCCCAAAGAAUAAAGCUAAGAUUUA